GCCCGUCUGUUCUCUGUUUAAACAAAAACAGAUUGUUCACUCUCUCUCACACAUAGAUUCUCCUUCACAACCAAACCUCAUCUCUCUUUAAACCCAUUCCUCUCCCUCUUUAAAAUACGUAGAACAGAACCACCGCCUCUCCUUCCCUACGGCGACGCGCCUCCUCCUCAUCACUUACUUUGCCACUAGACCCACCGUCUCUCCCUACAUCUUCUAUUUCAUCUCUCUCUCUCUCACACACACACACACAAACACACACAAACACACACAGUUUUGAUCGUAAAACCCUAGUUGAUGCUGCGAGAUACGGCGGCGUCAGCCAUGUUCUGGCAUAGGUCUGACAACUGUAGGUCGAGAUCUGAGUCGAUCCACACAGAUCUGUGAGUGAUCCACACAGAUUGCAGGUCCAUACCCCAUCUCUGUUACAGCUAAUUACCCUUUCCAUGGAAGUAGUAGAGUCUUCUUCUUCAUCUUCCCUCUCUGCAUCGGACAGAAUUCAUCAACUACCUGGCCAACCCCAAGUCAGCUACCAUCAAUUUUCUGGGUAUGUGACCGUUGAUGCCAAGAAACAGAAAGCUCAGGUUCUUGAAGCUGAAUCAAAUCCGGCUUCCAAGCCUCUUGUUAUCUGGUUAAAUGGAGGACCUGGUUGUUCUUCAUUGGGGGUUGGGGCAUUCUCUGAAAAUGGACCGUUUAGGCCUAGUGAGAAGGCACUGGUCAGGAAUGAAUAUAGCUGGAACAGAGCCGGGGCAAUCUAUUUUUCUUGCACAAAUGGUUUGUCAAAUUCCCACAAUAUAGAAACACAAGUUUGUUCAUUACCGAAGAAAGCUAUGCUGACACCACAAGAGUUGCAGAAUGAGAAUGUUCCCCCUCAUCUUAUCACUCAUAAGACCUUUUCUGGCAAUCGGUCUUCUUUCAGCCUUCUGCUUCUAUCAUUAGAUGCUUAUAAUAAUGGACAGGUGAGGUCUAGUCUCACCUUUUUGUGCUUUCAUGAAAUAGUUUGUGCAUGUUGCUAAUCAUCGGAGGUUUUGAGAGUUCAAAUUUGUUCAAAACGCCCCUCGUCUUUAUAGCCCAUUUAGUGGUCUGAAGUUCCCAGAUGUCCAAUGAGGUUACAUGCAUAAUGUACAUAGAAUCUCUGUUAAAAUUGAAAAGAUGAUCACGCUUGUUUUGAUAGUGACCAAAUCCAGAAGUUUUGUAGUGAGAAUCUUACAACAAAUUAUAAUCUUAUAAUCUUAUAACAAAUUAUAAUCUUGUAGUGAGACUAUUAUAACAAAUCCAGACGUUGCCAGAUGUCCACUAGCUUUCAAUGAAGGUCCGUGAAUAUUAGAAUCUUAUAGCAAAUUAUGCAUUUUUUAUGGCAUUCUAUACAGUGAAUUCUGUAAUUUACUGAUCUACAAUUUAUUAUAAGUAUUUUCUAGAUGCACUUUAUUAAGCUAGUACACAAAGAAUUUGGCAAAAAAGGACUUCAUAUUUUCUAGAAUUAUUUAGGUUAUGUUUGGAUCGCGAAUUUGGAUAGGAAUUUGAAAGGGAAAGGAAAAGGUGAGGGAAACAGAGAAAAAUGUGGGUGGUUCUUUAGGACCUGAAAAUUGUAGAGUUGGUGGGACUCUGGUUCUUUAGGACUUGAAAAUAUAAAUUAAUAUAUUUUAGUAGUUGUGUGCACUCAAGUUAAUUAUUAGCUGUCACUGUAUUAAUCCGUAAUCCUAUAAGAAUAAGGCAUCAUUGACUCUUGAAAACCUGGUGUAGACACCCCAUUUUUGACCGACCUUAAGACUCAGACGUCACCAGUUGAGCGCUCGGUGAUAUUGCAUAUCGUGCUCGUUCUGAGGUUGCGGAGUCUCGGCUGCGAGCCUUGC